AUGGGUCUUGAUAGCUUCCAUUACAACGCCGAUCACCAGGUCAUAGUCUGCCGCCUCUGCGGAACAUGCCUGGUUCCGAAACAAACAAGCUGGAGGAGUCACUUGCGGGCCGAGCCGCACCGGAUGAAAGGUGACGAACUGCGACUGACGAUCGAGCGGUUUUUGAGCUACGAACUGCGCCCAGUUGAGGCAUUGCGGCAGUGGAGGGCCGAUAGAAAAAGGCCAUGCCGGCCUAUAGAGGGUCUUACCAUGUACGAAGGCUACAUCUGCACCUGCACGGAAGUCCAAUGUGACUAUUGCACGCGGCGGGCUAGGAAGAUGUACGAUCACAUGCCGGUUCACGGGAGGAAGGCCUCGGAGCAUACGAACGCUAUGCCUCUCUGGAGGGCAUGCAAGCUCCAGACAUACUUCACGGCUAAGGGCCUUAUCGACUAUUUUCUGGUCGAAGAAGACCCAUCUCUGCCACUAACGGGAGGAGCGCUGGCAGGGUCGGGCCUGUCCAUCAUGGCGUCCACGUCACAGGAGGAGGGAAAGCUGUUUGAAGACCUAAAGGCUGACAUUAUCCAGGCCUCGCGCGACCUAGAUAAGGAGGCCGAGAUUGUGCAAGACGUCGAGGCGUCACGGGCUGAUCGGGUACCCUGGCUUGUCCAUACCGGGUUCCCUACGCACCUGCAGGGUCUCCGCGAUACCGAGAUCAUGUCGUCGUAUGCAUUACCACGAAGCGGGGACGAUGAUGAUGACGACGGCGGCGGCGGCGGCGGCGAUGGUGAUGAUGAUGACGAUGACGAUGACGAUGACGAUGACGAUGACGAUGAUGGAGAAGAAGAAGGCGGCGCAGUUGACACGGAUAUAGAUCUCAGGCGUAUUCUUGCCGCAGCCGAGAGUACACUCAGAGAUGCAUAUAAGCCAGUGCUGGAUAGCCACGCUAUGAAACUGAAACUGGGGGGAGUUUCAGUUUCAUGA